AAAUAGAGAAUGGGAUUAUAAUCCUAAUCCAGGAGACCUUUCUUGGGGCUCCAGGGAAACUGUCCUUUAAUCUUCUUUUCUACUUUGUAAGGGGGCUCUACCUUCUCUUUAAAGCCUCUCUGCUAAUCAGCAUUAAUUUUGUUUAACUCUUGUGAUGUCUGUCCUUUGCUUUACUGGUCGCACUGCUGUCUCCCAGUUAAAAUCCAGGGCAAGUUUAGCAGGCAGGAGCAGACUGAGAAACGUUCCUCGCCCCAGUGACAAAUUCCUGCGUCCUCCUUUGGGGACCGCCUUGUCUUUUUGCAGCCCAGGGGGGUCUACGUGGCCGUUUGUCCUCAGUCUCAGGUGUGGCACCUCCCCAAACCUGAGGAUCUUUAUUAAAUAGCCGUGCUGCUCUGUUGCUGGUUGACUCCAGCCCGUUGUGGUUUUGGUAAUACGUGGUGGUUAGGCCGGAUCCAGAACCGUUUUAAGAGUAACCCGGUGGAGGUGAGAGACCCUCUGUGCUAGAUAUUUGCAGAUUGGCUGCUCUGAAAAUGCCAAAAUCUGAGCAAAGAGGGAAAAAAAAUUGAGCUUCUGCUCGAAAUAAAUAUGUACCUGUAAUGUUACUGCUGCAAACAGCUUGAAAAUGUGACAGGCAGAUGCCUUACUGGGCUGGGAAUGAAACAGGAGAUUUAAAAAGGCCCGAAUCCACCAGAUGGGGUUUUUCAGGCUUUUUUGGUGCUUUACUUAUGGUUUUUGAGGGCUUCAGGUUGCCAGAGGGAGAGGAACUGUGUUUGACGGGGCUGGGGGAGCGGAGAAGCGUUGUUACAAGUGAUUUUUUGGGGUCAGGGCGUGUGUUUAACCAAAUCUGAUGGUGGAGGUGAGGGCAUCCUCUCCCAUGUCUGCGCUGCUCACGUCUCGAGGCAGAGAUCAUCUCCUCUGUUCACCCUCCCAGCACAUCUUCAUCCUUCACCUCUCCGGCCCCGAGCAGCUGCCCCCAAAAUCCCGCACUGUGCCGGCUGGUGGGCGCCUUCUGAAAAUGCUCCGUGGGAGCUGGUUUUGCUCUGUGCUGGCACAGAUUCCCAGUUUGCCAGCCGGGUGUUUGCCGUCUGCCGCCCACGAGGGCCUAGCCCCUUCAUCUGGCAGUGGAAAUGGCUUUUUUUUUAUCCCCUCUAAAUUACGUCUUGUUUUCCUCUGCAGAUCUCCAGCAAAAGAGAAGGGAUACAUUUGGAGGGAGGCAAGAGGAAGCACCUCCAAGUCUCUUGGUUUAUUUUUAGCCCGUUUCUCAAAGAAGUGAGACCUGUGAUCGCAGCCCGUGUGUCUUUUCUCACUUUAGUUCUGAGUAUUUGGGGGAAGAAAGGGAAUAAGGUAAAGGAGAGCGUCUCCAUCUUCCCCUGAUGCCCCACCAGUGCUCUUUCGGGCAGAAAAGCACCACCAGCACCAGGGCAGCACAGACCCUGCAGGGUCCCACCGGGGAGGUGCUGGGACGUGCUGUUUGGAGGCCUGGGUUCAGAUCUGCGUGGGCAGGAGAAGGAGUUUCUCUGUUGCCUUCAUGGUGGAUAAGUAGCCUAAUCGUUGACGUGAGGCGAAGCAGUGGCUGGAGGCAACAGCCGUACAGACUUCAGAAGAAGAGGAGCAUUGUCUGCGGAAGGUGAAAUCCUGGCUAAAACCAAGACUGAGUGAUUUUCUAAAAGAGUUGCCUCAACCACGUAACUGUUGGGUGUGUAAUGCGAGCGUAGCAGCUUUAUAGCCUGGCUUUUUCGCCUGAUGUGCAUCAGUGCUAUCUAAGAGCCCAUCCGUUCUUGGUGUCUGUGGGCACCACCACUUGAUCACCAGCUAAAGACGUGCUACGUUUGAGAAGGAGGGUGGGCUGGAGACCUCCCAAGGCCCUCUCCAACCCGAAUGAGCCGGUGGUCUUGCCCGGGAGGUACCGCACCUCCCUCAGACCCACAGAUAGCAGCUCUUCCCCGUGUGCAUUUGCAUUGGUGACUGCGGGGGACGUGCGAUCCGUGAGGUUAGGCGUACGGACGGGGACAGUUCUGCUGUUUGCCGAAAUGCCAGGCCGGCACGUGCCGGCACGUGUCAGCCCGUUAGUGGUGGUUGACUGCAGCUUUACUAGCCGAGAGAGCAGAGAGCGGAGGAGAAACCACGAAAGGAGAUUAAAGACCAGCGAGCAGUUUUCAUUGGCCAUCUUAAAAUUGCAGCUCGGUAAUUAAGGCUUUAGGCAGCUCACAAAUAGCCCAGCUUUCUGCCGGCUCGCUCGUAUUGUGAGCCUGUUGCCGCUGCAAGGAGCUGGACUUUAUACCUGGGCUGAAAGGCAGUAAAAGCAAAAGCCAUGCAGGGACCAAGACCAGUGGUUCUGAGUGGCCCAUCGGGUGCAGGGAAGAGCACUUUAUUAAAGAAAUUGCUUAAAGAUUACGAGAACAUCUUUGGCUUCAGCGUCUCCCAUACCACGAGGCAGCCAAGACCUGGAGAAGUAAAUGGCAAAGAUUAUCACUUUGUGACCAGAGAGGAAAUGCAGAAAGAAAUUGAUGCUGGUGAAUUCAUCGAGCACGCAGAGUUCUCCGGAAAUAUGUACGGGACGAGUAAAGGUGCAGUGCAGGCUGUUCAGGCCCAGAACCAGAUCUGCGUCCUUGACAUCGACAUCCAGGGCGUGAAGAACAUCAAGAAGACAGACCUGAACCCCAUCUACAUCUCUGUGCAGCCUCCGUCCAUAGACAUCUUGGAAAAAAGACUACGUGACCGAAAGACUGAGACAGAAGAAAGUUUACUGAAGCGUUUGACUGCAGCUCGUGUAGAUUUGGAACUUAGUAAAGAGCCUGGCCUGUUCGACUUGGUCAUUAUUAAUGAUGAUUUAGAAAAAGCCUAUUCCGAAUUGAAGGAGAUACUCCUGGAGGAAAUCAAGAAGACCCAAGAAUCCAGGAAGUCCUGAGCUGAGCCUGCUUGGACGUUUUAACUUUGCACAUCAUUCCUGAAGCACAUCAUGCCAUUUUAUUCCGAGAGACAUUCCCUUUAGGCUGAUCCUCCUCCCAGGUUACUCUAGGAUGUUUCUAUUAAAAGGAAAGAAAACGAAA